GACGGCCUGGGCGCUGGCGAAGCGGCAGCCCGAGUAAGAAGACCUAGGAUGCCCGUGGUGACGCACCGAUUGAGAGAUCCUGACAUAAAUCCUUGUUUGUUGGAAUCUGAUGCUUCUAGCAGAUGUAUGGAUGAAAAUAACUAUGAUAAGGAAAGAUGUUCCAGUUACUUCUUGAAGUACAAAAACUGCCGGAGAUUUUGGAAUUCCAUCAUGAUCCAAAGAAGACAAAAUGGAGUGACACCAUUUAUGCCCACAGCAGCAGAAAGAGAUGAAAUCUUGGGAGCAAUGGGGAAAAUGCCUUAUUGAAUGUUUACUCUAAAAUUGUUUAUGUAAACUAGAAGAUAUUUUUUUUUAAAUGUACAAUUACUAUAAUCUUUUAAAACUUGACUGGCCUUACCCAGACAGAUCUGAAGAUUUACAAGGAGAGACAGAAUUAAGGUAGUUUUGUGUCCUCUGUAUUUGUUCUCAAUGCCAUGAUAAUAUGUCACUGCCACGCUGCACUUCCAGGAAAUAAGGAGGGUUAGGAAAGACUAUUGGAGUUGAGCUUCUCUGCUGGGUCUCAAAUGAAAGUUUAGAUGUGAACAAACAAAGACUUAAUGGGGCUGGGACGUAGUAUUUCCAAAGAAAGGAAAUGAUGGGAAGAACAACAUGAUAGAAGGAAAUCUUCUGUUUCACCUAGAGUUUGAAGUGUGUAAAGGUGAAGGGGAUGAGUGGAAAGGUGGGUUGGGGUAGGUGUGUGGUGGUUCUCAAACCUCAGGCUUACCCCUAAAAAUCUCUUUUCUUCCUUGACUCACUCAUCUUUGUUUAAAUAAGGCUAGUACAUUCACUAGGGGGGAAAUGGGUAUAGAAAAACUGUUCUAAAUAAAUGGCAUGAAAAAGAA